AUGUCGCAGUUGGCACCACCAAUACUUGACUUUGCUCCUGGUGUCCGUUCGUCAGAGAUGGGAAGGCUCCAUCUUGGCUUCGAUUGGGCGUCGACGCCGCUUGGACCCAUGCAUGCCUGGCCUCAGUCACUCAAGUCCGUUGUGUCCAUGAUGCUCUCGAAUCCGUCACAGUCAUGUAUUUUCUGGGGACCAGAACGCACACUUCUCUACAAUGAAGCUUGGGCUAAGGGAUCUGCAUCGAAACAUCCUCACAUGCUUGGAAAACCGGGAAGAAUCGCUUUUAGUGAGAUAUGGGAGACCUUUUCCAAGCACUGCGACGCAGUCUAUCAAGGACAAACAGUCAGCCGAACGGACGACUUGCUUUUCUUUGACUCCAAAUCUGGACAGGAGGUUGCGCACGGUUCAGUGUCAGUGCCGACUGAAGAUGAUUCCAUGCCCGACCUUAUCGAAACCUACUAUACCUGGUCCUAUGUCCCCGUCGAAAUCGAAGAUGGAACCGUAGGAGGUAUAGUGAAUAAUUGCAUGGAAACCACAAGCAAGGUGCUUUCAGAACGCCGUAUGAGGAUCGUCCGGGCUCUAGCAGAACGAUGUGCUCCCGCCAGAACCUCUCAUGACGUAUGGGAAGCUGUUUUGGAAGUGCUGGAGGAGAAUGCGGUUGAUUUUCCUUAUGUCCUGUGCUAUACCGGUUACACGGCAUCCACUGACGGGUCAUCAAAUGCUGACACACACUCAGAGCGAACCAACAGUGACAUUUCACACACGUCUCAUGUUACUUACCUCAAACUCAUUGGGUCGAUUGGUGUUGAGCCUGGGCAUCCUAUAGCCUCACCUCAGGAAGUGGAACUUUCUCCGGAUAAGUCCCAGCAAGGUCAUUGGCCUUUUGUCGAAGCAUGUAGCGGCCGCGAAUCCCUUAGGGCACCAAAUCCAUGUCCUCAUCUAUUUGAAGCUAGAGGAUGGGAGGAUGCUACCGGCGAUGCCAUCUUAGUGCCAUUGUGUACUUCUUAUGAUUGCGUACCUAUGGGUUUAAUGGUUUUCGGUUUGAAUACGCGGCGGCCGUACGAUGAUGAUUACUCUGGUUUUCAUCACACAAUUGUCAGAAAUUUGAUGGCAGCUCUCUCAGCUACGCAGAGCUUUGAGCAAGAGGUUCAGCGUGCUGACGAACUACGUGCUCUUGACCGAGCGAAAACAACAUUCUUUCAAAACGUUUCUCAUGAAUUGCGAACUCCUCUCACUCUCAUUCGCGCCCCUUGUGAUGACGCUCUUAAAGCCGACCGUGGAUCUCUCGAUCCUAUCAAUAGAACUCGAUUCAAACUAAUAUAUCGUGCUAGCGGGCGAUUACUUCGACUCGUCAAUUCACUGAUGCUGUUCUCUAGCGCCGAAGCAAGGAGGCUGCAGGCGUGCUUUUGCCCUGUCAGAUUAGGCCCGGCAACAGCUGAUAUGGCUUCCCUGUUUCGAUCUGCGAUUGAAAAAGCGGGAAUCGAUUACAAUGUCACAUGUGGCGACAGUGCUGAUGAGCGUAUUGCAUACAUAGAUCUUGGGAUGUGGGAAAAAAUUGUUUUCAAUCUUUUGUCGAACGCUGUGAAAUACACAAAAUCGGGACAUAUCAACCUCGAUCUAGCAUACACGUCUUCCGAGGUUGUUUUGAGUGUCGAAGACACAGGUUGCGGCAUUCCCGAAGAUCAGCUGGAUAAAAUCCUUUUGCGAUUCCAUCGCGUAGAGGCUUCGGAUGGGAGAACUAUCGAAGGAACUGGAAUUGGUCUUGCCCUGACCAAUGAGCUGGUCAAGAUGCAUCAGGGCACGAUUACCGUCAGGAGCACAAUGGGUUGUGGCAGCGUUUUCACUGUGGUAAUACCGCUCGGAUGCGACCAUCUACAGGAGAAAGAUGUCAACCACGACUUCGAUCCUUCCUCUGGAAUGGCACUAUCUGGAACUGGCUCAUAUGCAGCCGGUAUUGUCGAAGAAGCGGCGGGUUGGCUGGGAGAAGAUUCAGACACAUCCUCACAGCUGAGCCACGCUUCUUCAACCGAUGCUAUUAUAACGCCCCAACUGUUCACCGUUUUGUUGGCCGAGGAUAAUGCUGAUGCUCGCUCUUACAUAAAGUCGAUUCUUCUGAACGCUGUUCAAAAUGUCGUCGGCGUCUCUGACGGUCAGGCUGCGCUAGAUUAUAUUCAUACACGGGAGCGGCCAGAUCUCAUCGUGACCGACGUUAUGAUGCCACGGAUGACUGGAACUGAGCUGCUUCAGAAAUUAGCGGACGACCCAGAUCCUAAUGUUCAGGCUAUCCCUGUCAUAGUUCUCAGCGCUCGUGCGGGGUCAGAGGAUCCACCUGAUAGUAUUUUUAGGGGCGCUGUGGAUUUCCUGCUGAAGCCAUUCAGCUCGUCCGAGUUACUUAACCGUGUUCAAACUCGACUCCAUACACUGAAACAGAGGCACGAGCUCGAGAAACAAGUACGAGAUCGGACCUUUGAACUCAAGUUGACACAGCAGCGCUACCAGCGCAUGAGUGAACUAUCGCCUGUUGCCAUCUUCGAAACAGAUGAUGCGGACCACGGUUUGAUUACCUAUGCUAACGAGCGGUUUUUUAAACUUACUGCGUUACCUCGGACUCUGCCUUUGGCAUUCAAAUCUAUCAUAGACCAAUCAGCGCCGGAAACCCAAGAGGCGGUUACCAAAGCUUGUCUCGACGUACCCAUUAUUAGUGGCGAACCCGUCCAGUUUGAUGCAGUAUUUGCAAACGGGAAAAACGCGUUCGUUGAGGUUAUCGCCCUCAGUGAUGGACGGCUACUUGGCACACUGACGGAUCAGACGGAGCAACGGCGGAUUGCUGCUGAGCAACUGAGUGAAGAGCGUGCGAAAGCGGAUAAGGCAGUUCAUCAACGACGAUUGCAAGAGGCAUUCAUUGACAUCGUGUCGCACGAACUGCGAAAUCCACUGAGCGCUAUCGUACAAAGCGCAGAGCUUCUCUCUGGGUCUGUCGCUCGACUGCAAGAGAUCAUAUAUGCAUUGCAAAACAUGAAUAGCAAUCACGAUGCAGAAAAAUUUUUCGAGGAAGGUAACAUCGAACUCAGAGAUGCGAAUCAUGCAGUAUCUUCCGUUGCACUUUGCGCUCGUCAUCAAACGAUCAUCGCUGCUGAUAUCCUCGCCGUUUCUCGACUGGAUAGCAAUCUCUUAAGUGUCAGUCCUGUAACGUUUCACUUACUAGAGGAACUUCAGGCUACAUUGGACAUGUACUCCGUGCAAGUUGCGGCGCAGUCCGUCAAUUUGAGGCUGGCUGUCAGUGGUGAUAUUGGAAGAGAAACCUGUAUCAUAGCGGAUCCCACUAGGUUCUGCCAGAUACUGGUGAACUUAAUUUCUAAUUCUUGCCGAAUAUUAGAAUCAUGGGACGGGGAACGUAGCGUUCGCUUACACGUAGCCCUCUCUCCCAAACGUCCUUUCGGUACAGCGAUAUCACCUGCGAUGGAACACGACUCGUCAUGUGUCUAUCUCUCCUGCAAGCUCUCUGAUUCUGGUCCCGGGAUCCCUUUAGACGACCAAGCGCGUUUGUUCACACGCUUCAAUGACGUGCAUACUGGCGACGGGGUGAGGAGGUCCGGUAGUAUUGGCGGGACUGGCUUAGGUUUGUACUUGUGCAAGAAGCUUGCCGAGCUUCAGGGAGGACAGAUACAGCACUCAGGCGCUCCUGGCGAAGGCGCGGCGUUUCAUUUUUUCAUUGAGGCUAGGAAGGCUCCCGAUGCUCCGUGUACCGGUAAUGUCAGCCCGAAACGACUGCCGAAAACCCUGAACAGUGUUGCGCUCAAUGGCACCGCGGGCUUAAAGAGUGUGUCACAGCUUUCACUACAAACAUCUUUACCUUCCGGAGCUUUGGCAUUAUCACCGAACUCCAGAGCAAAGCUGGCUGUUCUUAUCGUCGAAGAUAACCCAAUUAACCAGAUGCUACUGAGACGACAGCUCGAGAAGGCCGGGUUUCAUGCUGCGACAGCAAAUAACGGGCUGGAAGCGCUUGAGUACCUUGAGUCAUGUAUCGCCGAUACAAGCAAGCGGUAUCCUUCUGUCGUCCUUAUGGAUCUGGAAAUGCCCGUCUUGGAUGGACUGGAUGCGGCAGGACGCAUUAGGGAUUGGGAAAAGACCGGCAGGCUGCCAGGACCACGGUUAUGCGUAUACGCAAUCACGGGGAAUGCGCGACAGGGCCAGGUGGAUGCCGCCUUAGGAGCGGGGAUGGACAGGGUGUACAUUAAACCCUACAAGUUGGCGGAGAUCAUUGAAAGGAUUGAAGAGGAGGGUAUGCCUCGCUGA